AUGUCGACGGAUCGGGAGAAGGAGCGGGAGGCGGAGCUGGAGGGCGCCAUGUACACCAACUGCCUCCUCCUCGGCCUCGAUCCCGCCGUCCUCGGCUCCCCCGCCGGCGCCGCCCCCGCACGCGUCGGCCUCUUCCGCCACUCCAACCCUCGCCUCGGCGAGCAGCUCCUCUACUUCCUCCUGUCCUCGCUCCGCGGCCCCGCGCAGUCCGCCAAGGACUUCGACAAGGUGUGGCCCAUCUUCGAUUCCGCGCAGUCCAGGGAGUUCCGCAAGAUCGUGCAAGGCGUCAUCAGCGAGCUGGAGCAGCAGGGGGCGCUGCCGCGGAGCAACUCCAGGGUUUCGUCCCUCGCCACCUGCUGCGGGCCGAGGUUCGUUGAGCUUUUGUGGCAGCUCUCUGUCCAUGCCUUGAGGGAGGUCCACAGGAGGACGUUUCCGGCUGAUGCGGCAUCAAAUCCACUGCCGGCGGCGCUCACAGAUGUCUCUUAUCUUCAUGCGGCUGCAUUGCUUCCUGUAACCAAGGCAAGGAUUGCUCUCGAGAGGAGAAAAUUUCUAGAAAAUGCAAAUAUUGCUGUUCAGAGGCAAACAACCUGGUCGAAUUUAGCCCAUGAAAUGACUGCUGAAUUCCGAAGUCUGUGUGCUGAAGAGGCAUGUCUGCAGCAGGAGUUAGAGAAGCUACAAGUUAUGAGAAACAAAGCCAAGAUAGAGGGGGAACCGUGGGACGAACGUAUAUCAAGCUCGUCUGGACAGAAUUCACAUUUGGUAUCUAAGGCAACACGUUUGUGGGAAUCGAUAUUGGCUCGCAAAGACCAGCAUGAGGUUUUAGCUUCCGGGCCAAUUGAAGAUCUUAUAGCACAUCGUGAGCAUAGGUAUCGCAUAUCUGGAUCGCAGUUGCUAGCAGCAAUGGAUAUGGGUUCAAGUUUGGACAAGCAGGAGCAGAUAUCUCUGUUCCAGGGAAAGGAAGAAGCCCUUUCAAGAUUAGAUGAUAGGAAUGGGCGUGCCCAACAAACUGUUGAUGUAGCUGAAAUUCUUCGACGGUGGACUCAUGCUUUGCAGCGUAUUCAUAAACAAUCUCUUCAUUUGGCCAAAGCAAAUGAUGGGGAGGGGCCAGAAUUACUCCGCAGUGCGUCUGACGGCGAAACUAGUAGCCAUGCUGACUCAUUAACUGCAACACUGGCUGAACAUCGCCAGCAUUUAGUCAGUAUACAGGGCCUAAUUAAUCAACUCAAAGAAGCUAUUCCAGCAAUGCAGCAGUCAAUAGCAGAACUUUCAGAAGAAGUGAAUAGUGUACCUAGUAACCCAAUGGAUCAAACAAACUCCAGACAGUUGUCUUUGCAAAAUACAGUGCUUGGAAGAUCAGAAGAAAGCAGCUGCGAAGUUUCAGAGAUGACUUCUAAGCUCUCUUCAAUGCGCAUUGACAAGGCUGGGAGUAGUCCUGCUCUGAAGCUUCCUCCUUUAUUUAGCCUGACUCCGAGUUCUUCUGGAAAAGGAAUACAGACACAAAGACGGAAUGCCCUAGCACGCCAACCUAGCAAAGAAAUUAUGCUGGAAGAGAAAUCACUUAUUGACCUCUCAACCAAAGAUCAAGCAAAUGGUUCAGUGCAUGAAAAUGAUGGUUAUUUUGCCCAUGACAUCAGGCGUUCUGUUCGUGAAGCCGCUCUGUCAAAGCCAUUGAGCAGCAGGGAGAGUGCACAGGACAAGAGCAGUGACGAUGGUUCAGAGCACUUUUUCAUUCCCCUAUCAACAGUUGCUUCAAGGAAGGACGUGGGUGCUGUGGCAAAUCGAAGAAAACAAAGGACAGGUCUACCGUCGUCACAGUCGAAGUUGCUCAAGAGCACAGGUGAUCCUUACUUCAAUCCUGACAGCCCAAUGCCUGCAGCCCCAGCUCUGUCAGGUAAACCGAAUGGCUAUGAUGAUCCAAGCAGUGCUGCAAACUUCUUUGAUCCAGUCAGUGGUCAAUCGUUUAUGACGGAUGAUGCUCUGGAUCAAAUGUUCUCCCCGCCACUUAUGUUGGAGCCUUCCUUGUUCCACGACACGUACGCGUACGAGGACUUGCUCGCACCAUUAUCAGAAACUGAUGCGGCUUUAAUGGAACAUUAG